UCAUCCAUCCCCAGGCUCUGCAGUCUGCGCCUGAAGAAACUCACGGUGCUGAAAGAGCUGGACAAAGAGCUGAGCUCUGUGCUUAUUGCUGUGAAGAUUCAGGGUUCAAAGCGAGUUUUGAGAUCAAAUGAAUACGUCCUCCCGCCUGGCGGCCUGAUGGAGACUGAGCUGGAGCUGACCUUCUCGCUGCAGUACCCACACUUCCUCAAGAGAGAUGGCAACAAGCUGCAGAUCAUGCUGCAGCGGAGGAAGAGAUACAAGAACCGCACGAUCCUGGGCUACAAGACCCUUGCAGUGGGCAUCAUUAACAUGGCUGAGGUGAUGCAGCACCCGACGGAUGGCGGGCAGCUUCUGGGCCUCCACAGCAACAUGAAGGACGUGAACAUCCGAGUGGCUGAAAUCAGCAUCUACUCUUUGUCCAGUCAGCCCAUUGACCAUGAGGACGGGAACGUCCCCUCAGGUCCUAAAAUCAAAGCUUCAGAUCGCUCCCCAGACAUUGACAACUACUCUGAAGAAGAGGAUGACAGCUUCUCCUCAGAGCAGGAAGCCAGUGAUGAUGCUGUGCAGGGUCAGGAUCUGUUUGAUGAAGAAGAUGACUUGAGGAAAACCAAGAAGGCUAGGAGGAAAAUGAUCCGAACCACAUCAAUGACCAGACAACCAAACUUCAAGCAGAAAUUUGUGGCUUUGCUGAAGAGAUUUAAAGUGACAGAGGAGGUCCUGGACUCUGACCCUGUAGACCAGACCCAGGAGGUGGAGGAAGACUUGGGCUUGCUCUAUGACAGCCUGGAAGAGUGCAACAACAGUGACAGUGGACCGGAGAUUGAGGACAAUGAGAGUGUGCACAGCACACCCAAGCCCACGCUGAGGCGUUUCUUUGAGGGAGUCUCUCAUUCUGGUUCCCAGACUGAGAUCGGCAGUCUGCACAGCCAGAAAGGGCAGGAUCAAGAGUCGGGCAGCCCUGGCGAGGCAGAUAAGCGGAAGCCAGGAGCGCUGCGACCACAGGAAGAGCCAGGAGUGGAAAUCCCUGCAGUGGAGCUGGCUGCAGAGGAGCCGUGUUCACGGCUGGCCCCCACAGAGGCUGCCACGAGGGAGGGCAGUGUGGACAGGCUGGCUCAGCUGGGGCCCGGGACCAAAGCUGAGCUCCCCAGUGCCGUGUCCCCCAGCAAGGCAGAGAGCAAGCAGUUGUGGCGUCCCCGCAGCACCUCUGUGAAGGACCGGCAGAGCUCAAAGGGACAGGGUGGCCGUGCCAGCAGCCUGGACAGUGAGAGCUCUCCAGACUCAUGGCAUAGCACCCAGGUGCCCCGAAAGUCUGUUUACGAUCAGCUGAACCAGAUCUUGGUCUCAGACGAGCAGCUUCCCGAGAGCAUCGUGCUGGUGAAUGUUGCUGAGUGGCAGGGCCAGUAUGUGAGUGAGCAACUCCAGGCGCACAAGCAGUUGGUCGUAUCUACCUGCUCCGUGGCGGACAUCCAGGCAGCCUUCAACACCACUGUCUCCCGCAUCCAGCGAUACUGUAACUGUAACUCCCACAUGCCUCCCCCAGUGAAGGUGGUGGUGGCGGGGGACCAGAGCUACCUGAGCAUUGUCCUCCGUUUCUUUGUGGAGCAGCUGGCCAGCAAGACACCUGACUGGCUCAACUACCUUCGCUUCCUGCUUGUGCCUCUGGGCUCUCACCCUCUGGAGCUGUCCAGCAGGGCUGAGCCGCCCAUUGCAGACACUGUGGAUAUUGCGGGCCGUGUCGCCCAGUUCAUCGCUGGACUCUCUCACCAGCUCCCCAUCUCUGAGGCCAUGCUGACGUACAAGCAGAAGAG